AUUGUUAUUUUUAAAAAGUAAAAAAUUAAAUAGCGCGCGCGUAACGCGCGCCUGUGUUGUUCUAGUAAUAUUGUAAAGAUAACUGCCCUUAUCGGAUCUGCUUUGACGGUCUUCUAUUAUUCUAUUAGUUUCUUAUAACCGAGGCUAUGUUCAAGCAUUUAAGAAUCAGCAUUUAAAUCUUAAUUAAAACAUCGAUUUUAUCGACUACGAAGUUUUAAAUUUUUAUGAUAUUAGGGACGUGACAUGAUGACUAUCAUAAGAGUUAAAUAUGUUGAGUAUUUGUCAAAUGGUGAUAGUGUCGAAUAUUCAGAAGCCAUGUCUGUAGACAAAGAGAUACUGGUGAACAUAAAUUGUCCGAUUAGAAUGGUACUUCAUUAUAUAAGAAAAAUUGCACAUAUGAAUGGUGAGUUUGAUUUGUGCGAUGAAGUAAAUUGCCAAUUGAAGAGUGUAUCUACUUAUGAACCUUGUACACGUGCAUCAGAUAUUCUUCAAUCAAAUUUAACAUAUUUUAUCGUCACCUUCGAACGGGACGAAAAUGGACAGAUAAUAAAUCUUACACCGCUUCUAACUGGAAAAACAGCCAAAAAAUAUUGCGAUGUUCUGUCAAAGAUCCAAAAAUUAUCGCGAAAAACUGCUAUUAAAUCUGUACUUAAAAAGAAUAAUAACACAAAAUAAAUCUAUUAAUGUUACCUUACAA